ACCGUCUCAUGCAGCAAUAUGUCCACCUCCAGAUUGCCUAAUAUCCCCGCUCUGCGUAAACACCAACUUCUCCUGGAAUUUGCGAGUUUAAAUCAUGCAGCCCCUCCAGGUCUCUAUGUGAGCCCUACCCCGAAUGAUCCUACUCUUUGGACGGGUGUUUUAUUCGUUCGUAGUGGUCCAUAUGCUUCUGCUAUCCUCCGUUUCCAGAUCCGAUUCCCGCCUUCAUAUCCCAACCUCCCACCUUUAGUGACCUUCUCUACCGAUGUAUUUCAUCCGCUGAUCGUUCCCCUUACGACAUAUACCUUUAGCACAAACGCUUCAAGCGAAGAUCCCGUCAGUGCUUCAGACGAGGAGCGAUUACCGCCUGGCGGAUUUAGUCUCCGACAUGGAUUUCCCCACUGGUUUGGACGAGGUAAACGAAGUGUGAUCAAUUCAGUGGGCUCUUCGAGAGCCGUGAGUAUUAAUGGCUCCAAUAUCGGUGUUGAUGCAUCCGGCAAGGACUCGCCUCAGAACCCAAACGACGCCUCUAGACCUACAUCUCCGUCGAAGAAUCAAGGGGAUAUUGAUCGAGAGGAGAGUGCUACCUCAGCACCAGAGGAGAACCCAGUCGAAAUAAGAGAAAAUGUCCCGGUUACUGCUUUAUUGAAUUAUAUCCGAUCUACAUUCGACGACGAAACAGUUCUCGACUCGUUGCCACUCGAAGCUGCUGGAAAUCCAAGCGCUUGGCAUGCGUGGAAGGCUCACAGAAAAGAUAGCAGUAACUCGGCCUUUACAAGUAGUUCUAAAAGAGCAAACCCGCAGGCGCGGCUUCCCGGUGAUUGGCACUGGGAUGGGAUUUGGGCUAAGCGUGUCCAAGAUGAGGUCGAGGCGAGUCAUUCGGAAGCAACAUUGUUUGGCAAUGCAACUCGAAGUGGAGGAACUGAGGAUACGAUACGUUUCUCUCGAUUAGACGACGCUACGUUGACCUCAAUUAAAGAGAUGAUAAACCCACGGGUGGAAGAAGCGCACCAGUAGUUCGAUUCUUGCGAUUUAUACCCAAUUCAUUGUCCAUGUAUACAGGAAAGAAUUAAUAUCUGUACAAACUCUGGCCCUCUUGUUUCCUCAUUCGCGUUUAGCGUCCCUUGGCACGCUCUUUCCCAAAGAAGAAGCUGUUUUAUGUAUACCGACGAUUUUCUGCAACGGGGUAGAAGGCUUCUCUUCAAGAUCUGUCCAUUACCUACCAAAAAUAUCCUCAUAAAUCUUUGCAUACCGAAUCCCCGCUGCAUCCAUCGGAGUAAAUAGACCUACAAGCAUGGCUAAGAAUUACGAUACCUUCGUCGUCAUUGGACUAGUUACUAUUCCGAUAUUCCUUAUCGGCGUCAUCUUCAUAAUGGCUCUGGCUCUUUCGGGGGCCUGCAGUGGUCGGCUUCACACUCACUAUCUCUUUUGCAUCAAUCCUCAGGAGAGACAGAAGGAGAGAGCCGCUGCUCGCGGCAGUUCCGACGUCCCCGAUAUAACAAUUUCUCCACCGGCGCCCUGCGCAAGACAGGAAUCAGACCA